CGUUUGCCUUCAGUCACAGCGACUCCAAUCGUUCUACGCCCAUCCCAAACCUCUGGUUCGCAUCUUUCCCACAACUCAAAAGUGGCUUAGCAGUCUCUGGACGAACACCUCUCCAUCAUGGCGGGGAAAAUACCUUUGUACAAGCUCGUGGUGCUCGGGGACGGUGGCGUCGGGAAGACAGCUUUGACUAUCCAGCUAUGCCUGAACCACUUUGUCGAAACAUACGACCCGACCAUCGAGGACUCGUACCGCAAGCAAGUGCAGAUUGAUUCCCAGUCAUGCACGCUGGAAUGGAUACGGGACGGCGAGGGCUUUGUGCUGAUCUAUAGCAUCUCGUCUCGGCCGUCCUUUACACGCAUCCAAGAAUUUCACCACCAAAUUCAGCGGGUCAAAGAAUCAUCGCUAUCCGGAUCACCAAUAUACCCCGGCUCGCCACCAAGCGCAUCAUCGAACGGGUCUGCUUUCGGCCCGGCGCCUGUCAUGCUAGUGGGUAACAAGUGCAACAGAGUGACAGAACGUGAAGUCUCGACCCAAGAAGGCAGUGCGCUCGCUCGCUCGCUAGGAUACGACUUUGUGGAGGCUUCCGCGAAAAAUUGCGUGAAUGUUGAGAAGGCCUUCUACGAUGUCGUGCGGCAGCUGAGGCGACAACGCCAACAGCCUUGCGGCCAGGGCAACAAGUCAUCGCGGGCAGACAAUUUGAAGAGAAAAGUUCAAGGAUAUGGUUACGGUAAUUAUGGCGCAGGGUAUCCUCGAAACCAACAGGGAAAGCAUGGGAGUGGGAAUAACACAAAGUGUUCCUCUGCAACAGUACUACGAGGCGAUUAUACCUAA